CGGUUUCUUUCCCCCCCCCGCCCCUUCCUCAGCCAUGAUUGUUGCGUCGGCGGCGCUCAGCUUGCUGGGUUCAGUGUGCGCGAGAGCGAAGUGAGAGAGGCGGUUGGAGGCUCGCGGAGCCGAGAUACAAGAGCUUCAUAAUGACAACCUUCUUGGAGUUCAUUCAGCAAAAUGAAGAUAGAGAUGGUGUUAGAUUCAGCUGGAAUGUGUGGCCUUCCAGUCGUCUUGAAGCCACAAGAAUGGUGGUUCCAGUUGCUUCUCUGUUCACACCACUAAAAGAGCGUCCUGAUUUGCCUCCCAUUCAGUAUGAGCCAGUUCUCUGCAGUCGCACUACCUGCCGUGCUGUUCUAAAUCCGUUAUGCCAGGUUGAUUAUCGAGCAAAACUAUGGGCUUGCAAUUUUUGUUAUCAGAGAAAUCAGUUUCCUCCUACAUAUGCUGGCAUAUCUGAGAUGAACCAGCCUGCAGAACUUUUACCACAAUUUUCUAGUAUUGAAUAUGUUGUACAGCGUGGACCUCAGAUGCCUUUGAUAUUUCUUUAUGUUGUUGACACUUGCAUGGAAGAUGAAGAUUUGCAAGCUUUGAAAGAAUCCAUGCAAAUGUCAUUAAGUCUCCUACCUCCUACUGCUUUGGUAGGGCUUAUUACUUUUGGGAGAAUGGUGCAAGUUCACGAGCUUGGCUGUGAAGGCAUUUCCAAAAGUUAUGUGUUCAGAGGGACAAAGGAUCUAUCUGCAAAACAACUUCAGGAAAUGCUAGGACUUACAAAAAUCAAUGUAUCACAAGUGGGUCGUGGUCCUCAGGUACAACAGCCACCACCAUCUAACAGAUUCUUACAACCAGUACAGAAAAUCGACAUGAAUCUCACGGAUCUCUUGGGUGAACUGCAACGAGAUCCUUGGCCUGUUCCCCAGGGGAAAAGACCUUUGCGAUCUUCAGGAGUGGCUCUUUCGAUAGCUGUAGGACUGCUAGAGUGUACUUUCCCUAAUACUGGUGCUCGUAUAAUGAUGUUUAUUGGUGGACCGGCUACCCAGGGGCCUGGGAUGGUUGUGGGAGAUGAACUUAAGCUCCCUAUAAGAUCUUGGCAUGACAUUGAAAAAGAUAAUGCCAAAUAUGUUAAAAAAGGUACUAAGCAUUUUGAAGCUCUUGCAAAUCGUGCUGCUACAACAGGUCAUGUUAUUGACAUCUAUGCCUGUGCAUUAGAUCAGACUGGUCUUUUGGAGAUGAAAUGUUGUCCUAAUUACACGGGAGGUUACAUGGUAAUGGGAGACUCUUUCAAUACAUCUUUGUUCAAACAAACAUUUCAGCGGGUGUUUACAAAAGAUGGACAAGGACAAUUCAAGAUGGGAUUUGGAGGUACCUUAGAAAUCAAGACUUCAAGAGAAAUAAAGGUAUCUGGAGCAAUUGGACCCUGUAUAUCUCUCAAUUCUAAGAGCCCUUGUGUAUCAGAAAAUGAAAUAGGAACAGGAGGUACUUGUCAAUGGAAGAUUUGUGGACUUAAUCCUACUACAACUUUAGCUUUGUAUUUUGAGGUGGUGAAUCAGCACAAUGCUCCAAUUCCUCAAGGUGGACGGGGUGCAAUUCAGUUUGUGACUCAAUAUCAGCAUUCAAGUGGACAAAAACGGAUUAGAGUAACCACUAUUGCCAGAAACUGGGCAGAUGCUCAGACACAGAUUCAAAACAUUGCGGCUUCUUUUGACCAGGAAGCAGCUGCCAUUCUUAUGGCAAGAUUAGCAGUCUAUAGAGCUGAAACCGAAGAAGGACCUGAUGUGCUUAGAUGGUUGGACAGACAGCUUAUCAGAUUGUGCCAGAAAUUUGGAGAAUAUCAUAAGGAUGACCCAAAUUCCUUCAGAUUUUCAGAAACUUUUUCCCUUUACCCACAGUUUAUGUUCCAUUUAAGAAGAUCUCCUUUCUUGCAAGUUUUCAAUAACAGUCCUGAUGAAAGUUCUUAUUAUCGCCAUCACUUCAUGCGUCAAGAUCUGACUCAGUCACUUAUAAUGAUUCAACCAAUUCUUUAUGCCUACUCUUUUAAUGGACCUCCAGAGCCUGUUCUUUUAGACAGCAGCAGUAUUCUGCCUGAUCGCAUACUUCUCAUGGACACCUUUUUCCAAAUUCUUAUUUAUCACGGAGAGACUAUAGCUCAGUGGCGCAAAUCAGGCUAUCAGGAUAUGCCAGAAUAUGAAAACUUUCGUCAUUUGCUCCAAGCCCCAACUGAUGAUGCACAGGAAAUACUUCAUUCAAGAUUUCCAAUGCCACGAUACAUUGAUACUGAACAUGGAGGUAGUCAAGCCCGUUUUCUACUUUCUAAAGUAAAUCCAUCUCAAACACAUAAUAAUAUGUAUGCUUGGGGACAGGAAUCUGGAGCACCAAUUCUUACGGAUGAUGUCAGUCUGCAGGUCUUCAUGGAUCAUUUGAAGAAACUAGCUGUAUCAAGUGCUGCUUGAAAAAAUGUGGAAUUUUACACAUGCUGACAAGUUGAAACAUUUUCACUUUAUUAUUCUUUGUAUGUAAUUGUAAAACGGAAUGCCCAAGCUGCCUAACUACAUCUUAUAAAAAUGUAAUUUUUAAGAGAGUGUUUAUUAUCAAAGGCCUAAGAACAAACAUAAUUUUGAAAAGUAAAUGAAAUAGGAAUAUUGAGAGAAAUCUUUUAGAUUGCCUUAGUCCAGAGGUCUUCAAACUUGACAGUUUUAAGACUUGCCCCCAAGUCUUAAAGCUGCCAAGUUUGAAGACCGCUGCCUUAGUCCAUUAAUAACUAGCUUUUAAAAAAAUAUUCUAAUGGUGGAAAGUACCAUUCUGGUUUGCACUGCAAAAAUAUGGCAUAAUCAUGCUUAUACCUUUUCACUAGCAGAAGAAAUUGAUAAGAUACUACAAAUCCAACUUGGUGAUAUCUGAAAAUAUUUAUUUUCUCUGUUUAGCUAUACAUGGAUGUUUUAAUAGUUUUGUUUUUCAUUGUUUGGUAGAUAAAUUGUUUCUAUAUGAAGAAACCAAGCAAACAGAGAUUGAAAAAGAAUUGUUAUCCAGUUGUUAUCCAAAGCUUAUAUUUUGAUAGACUUCUAGUGUCAAUCUUGCUACAAUUAUUCAAACGCUAUAAAAUUGACUGAGUUCAAGAAAGGCAAAUUAAUAUCCUAUGCCUGUCGCAAAUGUCUUUGCAGGAGAAUACAAAAAUUGUACUAUAAAUAAAAACUAUUGUCUGUUUCCCAAAUAUACUUUUUUUCUUAUAAUUAUAUAACAGUAUAAAAUUGUGUGUUCUUGUGCUAUGUUCUCUUUCUGUUUUGCUAUUAAAUUAUAUAGGUAGCAAUUCUUUUCCAAACAGUAUUGUACACUACACGCCAUAAUGAUUACAAAUCUGAUAAUAUUUAGCUUUGUUUUUUGAGAAAAUCUAUAUUUACACACAUGUACAUAUCUUUAAUAAAGUUUCUUUUGUUUGAAUACA